AUGAGGUAAUUGGGGUAAACAGUAAAGAUGGCGACGUCUGUAUCCGGAGAGGGGCAACCCAGUCUGAAUGGGAUUAUUUCUGACCCCCAGACUAAAAGACUGACGGAUCUGCCGACCGAGUUACUCGAACACAUCCUGUGCUUCCCUGUCCUCAAGCAUGUCGACAUUUGUAACGUGUCCUGCUGCUGCAAGCGGCUGCACGACGUUUGCCAUGGAAGAGGAAAGGUCUGGGGACACCAGUACAAACUCAGAUGGCCAAGACUGCAGAGGUUUUACCGUCAGAAUGAGUGCUGUGACUGGGUCAGAGAAUACAAAACACGGCACAGAGCUGGGAUACAAAUACGAAGGACCGUGGAAUCUAUCUCAAAGAGAUUCUUCACAGAAGUCCCUUGCGUUGGCCAGGUGCUGGGAGACAGCUUUGCAGAGAUUGAGUCGCUUGGGAUGCCGGAGCACUUCUGUGAAGACGAGCUCCUCUUCAUUCUCAAUACCGACAAGAGGAAAAGCUUGACACUGAAGUACUAUGCAAAGAAAAUCCUUUACUUCCUGAGACAGCAGAACAUCCUGAAGAGGUUGAAGACAUUCCUUGAGCAGCCUGCAGAACAACAGUCUGCUUUAGAGGGUGCUGUAUUGGUGGAUCAGUAUUGUAACCCACUGGCCGAUGUGACACUGAGCGGCAUAUCGGCCCAGCUGGACGAGAUCGCGGAGAAAGUAAGGAAGAUGCUGAGAAUCAAGAAUUCCUCUCACCCCAGUCUGCGCGUCGCUCAAGGUGACUGUUUUGUCGUAGAGGACUUUGAGCUCCAGAGGCAGGUGGUGUGUGCCCUAAACUCUGUCCUAUAUGAGCAGCUUCAAUACAAAGGCAACGAGUUCGACUACUACAACCCUCUGAACUCUUACAUCCACCAGGUGCUACUACGCCAUACAGGCAUUCCCAUUAGCCUCUCUGUCCUCUACAUGACAUUAGCCAGCAAGCUUGGUGUUCAGCUGGAACCUGUCAACUUUCCCAAUCAUUUCCUGCUGCGCUGGUGCCAAAAACCAAGGGGGACUGAGGACAUCUAUGACUUUGUCUACAUUGAUGCCUUUGGUAAAGGCAAACAGCUCACAGCCAAGGAGUGCGAGUACCUCAUUGGCCACCAGGUGACGGCAGAUUACUAUAGUGCCAUCAGCACCAAUGAGGUGCUGCUCAGGAUGGUGGGAAAUCUGCUCAACAUUGGUAAAAGAGGGGAGGGCAAUGAGAAAUCCUACCAGCUGCUAAGAGACUCUCUGGACCUCUACCUCACUAUCAACCCAGAUAAUGUGCAGCACCUGCUGCUGCAGGCACGACUCUACUUCCAUCUGGGCAUUUGGCCAGAAAAGGUGCUAGACAUCCUGCAGCACAUUCAGGCAUUGGAUCCCUCCCAACAUGGGGCAGUGGGUUACUUGGUGCAACACACACUGGAGCACAUCCAGCACAAGAAACAUCCUGCUACACCUGAGGUCAAGAAGCGUAGCACUCCAGAACACCUGGAGGUCCAGUAUUCAGUUGGCCUCAUCAUGAAACACAAGAGGUCUGGCUAUAAUUGUGUUAUCUAUGGCUGGGACCCAAAGUGCACCAUGAGUCAGGAGUGGAUCACCACAAUGAGGGUGCACCAGCUGUCCAAUGGUGCCAACCAGCCUUUCUACAAUGUCCUCGUACAGGAUGGAACAUGUCGCUACGCAGCACAGGAGAACCUGGAGCCCCACUCGGCCCCCCUGGAGAUCGGCCACCCUGAAGUGGGACGCUAUUUCUCAGAGUUUGCCGACACCCACUAUUCUGCCAACGAAGAACUACAGACACGAUACCCAGAGGACAUGGAUGAAACUUUGGGCACCGUGCAGGAGCUUUACCACAGACUGACGCCUGGCACUGAAAACCAGGACCAGGCUCCUGCCACUGACCAAAACAACCACGAAGCCAUGCCCAUAUAGCAAAGUAGCUGUUUCCAACAACCUUCCGCCUCUGCCUAACCAAUUCCUAGUCACCCAUUCUCAAUUCAAAAUCCACUUAGCUGCUGCUUUAUUGCACAUACUCAAGAUCGGGACAUGUGUAAGAGAGAGGGGCUUUGUAUAAAUUUACCAUAAAUUUAAAUUUUUUGGGGGGUUUUUUUUGUAUCAUCAAGAAAUGAUUCACAAAUGUGGUUUUGUACCACAGUCUGUUUCCUUUGCAGGUUGGGAAAGAUUUAUUUUAACAUUACAAUGUCUUAAAGUGUAGAAGAAGACCAGAAAGUCUAGAAACAUGUUGCACAUGUUAGUGUCUAAAUAUCUAAAUAUCACUGUGUAUUUGUUGUGAAAACAAACUAACUAUGGUAUUAUUAGUAUUAUAGCCUAGCUGAUGGUCAUUACCCAGGAUUUUCAAAUCUCACUCACAAAGUUGAGUUUGGAAGAAGUAUGGAAAUCCAAAACAACUAACAACCAAAACUAGUCUUUUCAAGACUUGUGGUACCCAGUUAAGUGGAUGAGUAUGUUCAGGAUGGGUGGCCAGGUGCUGUAAAUCUCCCUUACCCAAAACCAAGGAAUGCUCCUUUACCCACAGCUCCACAUCAACCCCUGACAACACCUCCCUGCACCCAGCACCAGUCAAACAAGCCUUCAACAUAUAAUCCAAACCCCGAGUUACAGUGCCACACAAAAGACUAUAAAGAAGAGAGACUUUGUACAUUGUACUUUUAAUUCUCCAUCUUUUAAUCUAAUUCCAUCCACUUACAGAAGUUCAACGUUCACAUUUCUAGAUUAUCCUGUUUUGUUUUUCUGUAUAUUUACAAGUGAAACACGUAGGAUGUCAUAGCUCAUCACAUGUUGAGCUACUCAUGGAAAAAAAACAAAAAAAACAAUAAUGGCACCACUGACUUGAAACAGAAAUGACUCUGAGCUUUGAAGAAACUACAAAAAGAAUAAAAGAGUUUCAAGUUUU